AUGGGUUGGUUCACGUCGCUCUUCUUCCCAGCUGCGGCAACAAACUCAAGAAAAGGCCAAGCAAUGUCCUCGACGCAUGAAGCCUUCUCCCUGCCAACAUCCUCCCCCGUCUUCUCCUCGCACCCUCAUGCUUUCAGCGCAGAAACUCUGGGCACUCCGGAUCCUGAAGGCUCCUUGAGCCCUUCUUACACAUACCCACCGCCGAACUCAAGCUCAUAUGGGUAUUUCCCGACAUCCAGUGGUUCUUCGCGACCGCCGUCGCUGCUGCCUACACAUUACGACUCUCUACACACACCAGCUUCACCAUCAAUUCCUUACCCACCAUUAGAGAAGACCUGGAACCGUCUACGUUUGUGGCUGAAUCGCGAAUACCCUGAGCUCGGCGACACCCUCAACUAUGGCAUCCUACCGCAAGACCUCGCCCAAAUAGAAAUGCAGUUCGGCUUCGCGUUGCCAGCGGUUGUCCGGGAGUCGUAUCUCCUUGUAGACGGACAAGAAGCGGAGUCCUCGGCAGGGUGCGCGGAGGGUCUGUUCUACGGUCUGACCCUGCUGCCGCUGGAGGACGUAUACGAAGAAUGGAGAUUUUGGCGGGAGGUGGAUAGCGACCCAACUACGGGCGCGAAUGUCCAGCUAAGGGAGGUCAUGCAGUCGCUGCCACCGGGCUGGGUCAGGAAGGAGUAUUCUCAACGAGGCUGGAUUCCACUUAUAUCCGAUAAGACGGGGAACUACGUUGGAAUCGAUCUAAACCCAGCUGAAAAUGGCUCCGUCGGACAAGUAAUCGUAUUUGGACGCGACUUUGACACGAAGGUGGUUUUAUGGAAUGGCGACGGGCCAGUCGGUUGGGCAAAGUGGUUGGCUAGUUUCGUGGACGACCUCGAAGCUGGUGAAGGAUUCGAAAUUGGGACAUCGAAUGAAGCUAGCAGCGACAGUGAGGACAGUCUAGGUUAUGAAAGCUACUUCUACGAUGGUCAUGGGCGCGGGCAGGGUGACGGUGGAGGAGAUGCUGGACAUUCUGGGUUGCGUUUAACCGGGGAAUACAAGGGUUGGAACGUGUUGGAGGCGCUGGCGGAUCGCAGUGUACGGAAAUGGUACGACGUCCGAGUGAUCACUGAUGCAGCCAUAUUACCAGACGGGGAUUUGAAGAAUAAGCCCGUGGAAAAUGUUGGUCUAGGAGUAUUAGAGACUACGCCAACUUCUGCUCAAACGCCCGUACCUGUACUCGCUGAUGUGGUUGACCCCGACGAAACCCUCCCCGACUUGCCAGAUUCUCCCACCACCUCAAAACCCAAAACAGGUUUGAAACCGCCUGCUCUGGUGGUCACAAAAGUCCCUGCUCCUCGGCCAAUAGAACUUCCAACCCCACGAGAAAUCGCCGCCCUUCCAUCUCCCCCUGAGUCUCUACGUUCAUCAUCAUCUGCAGAUGAUCUCGAGUCUGGCCGCAACAUUAGCCUGGGGGAUAGCCGAGACGUUGAAACAGGAUUGGUCUCGCAUAAACGAGACUCACCGAACCAGGACAUGCCCUCCCUCUCCACACCACACGUCGAUCCUCCAUCACCAACCUUGUCCAAGCGCAUGUCUCCACCACCAGAGGUUCCUGAUCUUCUUACCGAGUCAAAUCCUAUUCUAGAAACGACUCUAAUCCAACCAUCGCCCAUUGAAGCACCACCGCCACUCCCCGUUACUCAAGAAUUAGCUCCUCCGCUUGAGCCUGAGGCCCAGCCUGCAGACCUUGUUGACACUAAGUUGCCCGAUUCUGAUGCAGGUGCUCCCACUACUGUUCGCUUGAUUGGCGGCGGAGGAAAGGCCGGCGUUGUGACUGAGGAGCCAUCCACUAUUGAGCCCCCAGUAUCCUCCUCUCCCGACCUCACAGACGUUGCCUCUGUAUCCUCUAUGGACUCUGCUGCCGUUACACCCCAACCCUUUGUUGACGGUGCUGCAAAGAAGCACAAGAAAACGAAGAGCGGACUCUCUGGUUUGAAGAAACUUGUUGGCCGAAGAAAGGACUCAACUAGUAGCACGAAAGAAGUGGUUCCAUCAAGUUAA